AGCUGCUGUAGCUGCUGCCAGUCGUCAACCGACGUCGCCGGCUUUCAUUUGUCACCGUCCUGGUCGCACAUAUGGAAUGUGACUUGAAAGCUCUGCGAAUGUCACCUGCUUUCCGGAGUCUCUUAUUGCCCAUUUGCCAAAGACCCACUUCUUCGGUUCAAUUACAUAACAAGCUUAGUCUCAGUUCCAGGUCACUUUUGCUCUCUGUUAAAUUAAAGCCCUUGUCUUGUGCUGCUCUGGAAGCGUUUGACUUGAAUCCCAUCAGUGAUUUGGCUCUCAGCAAUGUCCCAAACUCUGAGACUCAGCUUCAUGAAGUAAGAGUAAAUAACGGCAGUUCAACUAAUGAGGAAAUGGUAGGAAGCAAUGUGAAAACCAGGCCUAGAGUUUUCAAUAGCAAAAAGAGGCUUAUACGUUAUUCUGGGAUGCUUCGUACCUGUGUUUUGCAAGGGUCUUUGAAUGAGGGGAAGGUUAUUCAUGGGCAGGUAAUAAAAAAUGGGAUUGAUCCAGAUUUGCAUUUGUGGGUUUCAUUGGUUAAUGUCUAUGCAAAAUGUGGGGAUUGUGGGUACGCACGUAAAGUGCUUGAUGAGAUGCCAGAACAGGACGUUGUGUCAUGGACUACUUUAAUUCAAGGAUUUGUAGUUAAAGGUUUUGGUGUUGAUGCUGUUAAAUUAUUCUGUGAGAUGAAGAAAGAUGGUACGAGAGCAAAUGAAUUUGCAUUGGCAACUGGUUUGAAAGCAUGUUCUUUGUGCUUCGAUUUAGGUUUUGGGAAACAGUUGCAUGCUGAAGCAGUGAAACUGGGGUUCUUUUCGGAUGUUUUUGUUGGUUCCGCCCUUGUCAGUCUUUAUGCAAAAUGUGGUGAGAUGGAACUUGCAGAUACAGUGUUAUUUUGUAUGCCCGAGCAGAAUGUUGUAUCGUGGAAUGCAUUGCUUAAUGGGUAUGCUCAAGAAGGUGAUGGAAAGCAAGUUCUGAAAUUAUUCUGCAGAAUGACGGAAUCAGAAAUGAGGUUGAGCAAGUUCACCUUGUCUACUGUUCUCAAAGGUUGUGCAAACUCGGAAAAUUUGAGAGGAGGUCAGUUUUUGCAUUCCCUAGCAAUUAAAAGUGGGUGCAAGAUAGAUGAAUUCCUGGGUUGCAGUCUCGUUGAUAUGUACUCAAAGUGUGGGAUGGCAAUCGAUGCGGUAAAAGUGUUCAGGAGGAUUAAAAAUCCUGAUGUAGUGGCCUGGAGUGCAAUUAUCACUUGCCUUGAUCAACAAGGGCAAUGCCAAGAAGUGGCUGAGCUAUUUCGUGAAAUGAUAAGCACAGGAAUCUCUCCAAAUCAAUUUAGUCUUUCUAGUAUCAUCAGUGCUGCCACUGAUCUCAAAGAUCUGCAUUUUGGUGAAAGCGUCCAUGCUUUUGCAUGGAAAUACGGUUGUGAAUCUGAUAUUUCAGUCAGCAAUGCUCUAAUCACAAUGUAUAUGAAAAUUGGGCGUGUGCUAGAUGGUGCUCAAGUUUUUGAGGCAAUGACAGAUCGUGAUUUGAUUUCAUGGAAUUCCCUUUUAUCUGGAACGCACAAUCAUGAAAUAUGUGACCUAGGACCAAGAAUCUUCCACCAAAUGCUUGUCGAAGGUUUCAAGCCCAACAUGUACUCAUUCAUUAGUGUUUUAAGGUCUUGUUCUAGCCUCUUGGAUGUAGGCCUUGGAAAACAAGUACAUGCCCAUAUUGUCAAAACUAGCCUCGAUGACAAUGACUUUGUUGGGACAGCUCUCAUCGACAUGUAUGCCAAAAUUAGGUUCUUGGAAGAUGCUGUGAUAGCUUUCAAUAAAUUGAGUAAUCGGGACCUCUUCAUUUGGACAGUCAUCAUUACGGGUUAUGCACAAAGUGAUCAAGCAGAGAAAGCUGUUGCUUGCUUCAGUCAGAUGCAACAAGAAGGAGUGAAGCCAAACGAGUUCGCCCUUGCUGGCUGUUUGAGUGCUUGCUCCUGUAUAGCUAUGCUGGAAAAUGGGCGGCAGCUCCACUCAAUGGCAAUUAAGAGUGGGCAUUUGGGAGAUUUAUUUGUUAGUAGUGCACUUGUUGAUAUGUAUGCAAAAUGUGGAUGCAUAGGUGAUGCUGAGGAUAUCUUUGGGGACUUAGAUUCACGUGAUACAGUCUCAUGGAACAUCAUGAUAUGUGGAUAUUCCCAAUAUGGGCGAGGAGAGAAGGCUAUUGAAGCCUUUUCAACAAUGUUGAAUGAAGGCGCCAUACCAGAUGAAGUAACCUUCAUUGGCAUCCUUUCUGCAUGCAGCCACCUGGGUUUAGUUGAAGAAGGGAAAAAGCACUUUGACUCACUGAUCAAAGUUUUCAGGAUCACUCCUACAAUUGAGCAUUAUGCUUGUAUGGUUGAUAUUCUUGUUAGGGCUGGAAAAUUUAAUGAGGCUGAAAGCUUCAUUGAGACAAUGAAUCUAACAUUGUAUCCCAUUAUUUGGGAGACUGUUCUAGGGGCUUGUAAGAUGUAUGGUAAUGUAGAAUUUGGUGAAACAGCUGCAAAAAAGCUUUUUGAGCUUAAACCUGAGAUGGAUUCAACUUAUAUCUUACUAUCUAAUAUCUUUGCAGUCAAAGGUAGGUGGGAUGAUGUUAGCAAAGUCAGGAAAUUAAUGUCCAGUCAGGGUGUUAAGAAAAAACCUGGUUGUAGCUGGGUUGAAGUUGACGGACAAGUCAACACUUUUGUCUCUCAAGAUGGUUCACAUCCAAGAAUCAGGGAUAUCCAUUUGAAAUUGGAGGAACUAGGCGAAAAGCUGAAUUCAGUAGGUUAUAUACCGGAAACAGAAGAUGUGCUUCAUAACAUCACUGAAAGAGAAAAAAACGAGCAUCUCCAAUAUCAUAGUGAAAGGUUGGCUCUUGCCUUCUCCCUUAUAAGUACCAAUCCUCCAAAAACUAUUCGGAUUUUUAAAAAUCUACGCAUCUGUGGAGACUGCCAUGAGGUUAUGAAGCUCAUUUCAGAUGUCACAAAUCGGGAAAUAGUUGUUCGUGACGUCAAGCGGUUUCAUCAUUUUAAGAGUGGAACUUGCUCCUGUAAUGACUUCUGGUGAUUUGGCAUUAGAAGCUCUAUAGUUGGGGUAGGGGGUUCACCCACAGAGCAUUUUAAACAUUGUCCUCAUAAUGAACUAUGAACCACAAUCUCCUACCCAAAGAAAUGCAGCUGUAAUCUUAUCAGAGUACUACCUCUCAACGUAUGCCCUGUUUUGAAAGGUUAUUCUUUUGUCCUGAAGCCGCUUCUUUUGUACUCUGCGUCUGCAUAUAUCAUAUCAAUCCUCCUGGCCAUGAGAACUUCGCAAUAGUUCUUGCAGUUGGGAGCUGCUUCGAUUGUCCUGAUGAUCCUGUGCUUCCUGUAAAUGACCUGUCUGAUUCCUUGAGGUUCUCAACUUUUUUGCAGAAUGAUUAACACUUACUUUAUUUUAAUUGAUCUUCAAGUCGCGAGAGUUUGGAACUCUUUGGUUGCUGAUCUCAAGACUCAAAUAUUAGAUACAUUUGCUGGUGUUAAUAUGGGGUUGCAACCAAAGAUAGGUGUAGAAGUAGAUUUUCUUUUUCACUACUCAUGUUCUAAAGUCAUUUGCUCUGAUGAGAUCUUGCACCAUAACUAAUUUCUGAUUGCACAAUCAUCUCCUUGUUCAGGCUUAUGUGCAUGGGGGUGACAGUGGGUGUUCGGUUAGAUACUUUCACCAUUUGCUGUAGUUCCCACCAUUUUUUCCAACUUUGUGUAGAGUAUCUGUCUCAGUUCUUUGAUCAGGGUUUGUACCAUAGAUGAAGUAUAGGGAAAUAAUUCUUGGUUUGGGACUUGUAUUCCCUUAAUGCAGAUCACCCUCUUGGACUGAAUGGUUUUAUCACAAGGUUCCUAUUUCUGUGGCAUGUGCGGUUUGCUAAUAGAGUCUUUCCUUCACCGCCACUUGGAUAAGGAGGUUCGUGGCAGUUCUGAAGUUCCAGAAUGAGAUAAAAGUUGAAGGAUGAAGCGCCCUUUCUUGAGAAUGAAUUGUGUUGUCAUUAAAGUUCAUAGAAUGGAACAUUUAGUAACGUUCUUUAUCACGGUUUUCUUUUGGUCUGGAUUCUUUAUUAUCAGGUUUGACCAGAGGAACGAGCCAAUGCACAAAGAGAGGACCAGAAUAUUGAAACCUCAUAUGCGCUUCACAUGUGGAAAAGCCUGGGUUGUGUAGACCAAACAGCGAGUCUAAGACAAGCAGUAUAAAACUGCAGCUGCUUGGCGUCUAUGCUCUGUGAACUGUGAAGUUUGAAAGCCACAUGUGGACCUCUCUAGUUGUGUUGCUUUCGUCUGGUACCCUUCAUAUUAGUUGCCACCGAAUUUUUUUUGUAUAUAUUCAUUGACCAAAAGAAAAUUGUAUAUGUUCAUUGGGUUCAGGGCAUUAGUUGGCGGCAGGGUUGUAAAUUUGUAAUCCAGGUUCAUUGAGUAAGGCGUAUGAUAUGGAACCUCCAUUUCUUUGAUGA